AGAAAGGACGUGACGUAGCUGUAGUGGAUGUAAAAUGGCGACGGUCGUGUGUUAGGUGAAAACACAACGGACGAGCGCAAACUCAGAGCUAGAUACAGAGGAAAUUAUCGUUUCUACAAGGGAAAUAUUAACCGCUGUGGUAUUUGUUGGAUCUCACUAAGGUUCAGUCAUGACCGAGCAGCCUGACGCCAAUGUUGGCGUUAGCCAGGAGGGGAUCGUGGGCCUGGAUGAGCCCAAGAAGAUGACCAGGGAGGACUGGAGGAAGAAGAAGGAGCUGGAGGAGCAGAGGAAGCUCGGAAACGCUCCAGCUGAGGUGGACGAGGAGGGCAAGGACAUUAACCCUCACAUCCCACAGUACAUUUCAUCAGUGCCAUGGUAUGUUGACCCAUCCAAAAGGCCCACACUAAAGCAUCAGAGACCACAGUCUGAAUGUCAGAAGCAGUACUCAACCAUUGGAGAGUGGUACAAGAGAGGAGUGCAAGAGAAUACUGUCACCACUAAAUUUCGUAAGGGAGCCUGUGAAAACUGUGGUGCGUUGACACACAAGAAGAAGGACUGCUUGGAGGUAAAACAGAUCUUUCCAUAGAGAUGAAUUUUCUCUCACUUCUAGGGAUGUCACGAUAACAGAAAUUAAAUGGCCCAUACCAAUUCCAGUGAAAUUCCAAGAUUCUCUAUACCAAAUUUGAUACCUCGGUAAAAACAACACAAUGAAUCCCAUGAACUUCAAAAUACACUCCUUUUUAAUAAAAAAUAAAU